AUGAUUUGGUUCGCACAAACAAGAAUAUUGAAGAUAAGCAUAGUUGUUGUGCUAGUAGGCAUUGUCUCUUUAUUAGCGGCUUUAGCAUAUAUAAACCAAGGCGCACUAUGCAAUAUAGUAAAAAAUAAUAUGGAUGAAAGAAUCCUAAUGACUGUACACACUAAUGGGAAUGAACCUUCAUCCAGUAAAGAUCCUGUACUAGAACUUGAAUAUUCGUCUGCAUCUGAUUCCUCUAGCUACGGUAAACAGUCGAAAGGCAGUGAGAAAGACUUUAAAGAUAUGGCAACAGAUUCAGAAGGCAGUGUGGGAUAUUCAGAAGGCAGUGUGAGAGAUUCGGAAGAUAUACAAACAGAUUCAGAAGAUGUGCGAACAGAUUCAGAAGGCAGUGUGAGAGAUUCGGAAAAUAUACAAACAAAUUCAGAAGGCAGUGAAAAAAGGGCAAAAACCCCACCAGUACAGCCAGGAAGUAGUAAAGAAGAGAUAGGAACACCAUUAGUAACUAUGCGUUCUAAUGCAAGAGCAAUUAAUGCUUUGAGAACAAACCUAGCUAAACCCUCAUGUAAUAAAAAUAUACCACCUACAGAUGAAAGCACUGACAAAGAUCAAAACUUAGAACACCCUCUUCCCAUACCACAGAAAUUUAUAAAAAAACAGCUGAACAGCAUGUCAGAAUUCAACUUACAGGAAUUUAAUAUGGAUGUGGUGCUUUUAAAAAAUAAAGAAGCAGAGCUAUCUGACAUACAAAAAGAGUUAGACAAGGCCUUUUCAAAAUACUCUGAAGAUAAAUCCAUUAUUGAUGAUGUGAUUAAAUAUACUAAAAAGGCCGGGUCUAUAGCGGAUAUAGGUGAUUGGGUAGAAAAAAAAAUGUACAAGAUACAUGAAAAAAUACUAAAAGGAAGUAAUGAGAUAAAUACAAUAAGAUACCUAGCCAAUCAAUGCUUGUUAAGACAUGAUGAGCAGAAAAAAUUGCUGGAUAUGCUAAAGCCCAAAGAGGAGACAGAAAGUGAAAAAAUAUGUAGCAGCCAAGAGAACAUAGUGUAUGAUUUAAAGACCGAGAAAUUAGAAUUCUACGACGAGAUCAUACAAAUGGUUGAUGCAUAUAUGGAAUUGAAUAAUAAGAAAAUAGAGUACGCAAGCCUUGUAAUACAGAGAGAAUCUAUCCUAUAUGAGUUAGCCUUGGAGAAAAGUAAAAAACUUUCUGAAAAAAUGGAAAAAACACAUAGAACAUGGUUAGUAGAAAAAUUUAAGUCGAAUUAUCUUGCCGCCAUGACUUUUCAUGUUAAAAGAAUUUUGAAAAAACACCAAGAUAUAAUUAAGGAUAUGGAAGAAUUCAGAAUAUACGCUGAUUCUAUACUGAACCGGCAGGGUUUAUAUAAAAAAGAAGUAAACGAGAUAAGAUCAAUUAUCUUUCAAAUGCAGAAGCUUCAAGAAAUAGAAAGUAAGCGAGACUUUAAAUGGGACCCUGUGUAUGUAAAAUACACACAGGAAAAUACAAAAGCAAUCACAGCCUAUAGAAAUGAUGUGGAUAUCCCGAUUAUGUUAAGAAAUUCGGAUUCUAAAUACGAGAAAGUCAAAAAUGAUAUAGCUUCUGUGAGGGGACAGUAUGAUAAAUGUGCAGAUGCACUUGCAAAAGGCAUGAAAAAAGACUAUGUAAUGAUUCAAGGUUUCAAACAGAUCGUAGAGGAAAAAUGGGCUAUUUAUAGUAAUAAAAAAGAAAAGCUCCUUAAAUUAAGUUGGUGUGUAAAAAAAUUAAAAGAUAACAAUAUAAAAAUGCAUGAUAUAACCCGAAAGCUACAUGAAUUGAUUGAAAAAAACAAACUAGAGCAUUCAAAUUACAUUAAAGAACACAAAGCAGCAGUAGACGGGAUUUACAACCAUUGGAUGGAACAAGAACUUAGUUAUCGGCGCGAAGAAAAAAAUUGUAAUAACCCGGCUACUAGUAAUAAGUUUCUAAUUAUAUCUUCUAAAAUAGAUAAUAUAUGUAAGGCCAGAAAUAAUAUAGAAAUAGAUCACAUGAACAUGAUUAAAAAUAACAAAAUAACAGUGGAUAUUUUAUAUAAAGAUCAUCCAUCAUAUAAAGAUUACCUCAACUAUAUUAAAGCCAUAGCAACUUAUGACAAAAAUAUAGCAGAACUAGAUCUAAGUUAUAUGGAUAGUUUAAAGUCUAAAACAAACAUAGCGAUUCUUAUAAAAGAAAAAGAUGCUGCGCGCGCAAUAGAUAACUCAGGAUUAUAUUCUUCGAAUGAAUACACUAUCAAAGCAUACGAAAACCACAUAAGAUAUAUAGAAACUUGCAUGGAUUAUAUCAAGGAGAGAUGCGACUAUCUGAAAACAUAUAUAGCCCGACUAAAUAAUAUGCUUGUGGAUGAUGACCCGCCCUUAUUUUUAUAUAUGUAUACUGAAGCUACUACGAAAAAAGAAGUAGAUAAAGAAGAAGAUAUGCUACAUAUGUUAAUAAAAGAACUAAAAGAUAGACUUGAGGGUAAGCGUUAA